CACACCUUUCCGAGUAUUUCAAUCACACGGGCCCUCCCCAGCGCCACUGGCUUAAAGGCGCACCAGGGCGAGAGCGAGCAGUUAGCGACAAUCCCAGCUGGCCGGUGGGUCUCACUUCUUCCAUUGUCGUCACAGCAGAGCGCAAAGCUCCCACCGCUCAGGUCAAAAUGAGCUGCUACAGCUUCCUAAAAGGCAUGAUGUUUUUAUUCAACUUUUUAAUUUUUCUUGGAGGUGCAGGCCUUCUGGCUGUUGGCAUCUGGGUCACCGCAGAUGGCAGCUCUUUCCUCAAGUUCGUUGGGCCGUACUCCACUCAAGUCAUGCAGUUCGUGAACGUUGGGUACUUCUGCAUUGCCGUUGGCGCCGUCCUGGUCAUUCUGGGCUUCUUGGGAUGCUGCGGUGCUCUGCGGGAGAGCAAAUGCCUCCUCCUCAUCUUCUUCUCCAUUGUGCUGAUCAUCUUCAUCGCCGAGGUGGCAGCUGCUGUGGUAGCCCUGGUCUACUCCUCCUUCGCAGAGAGCGUACUGAAGGCAUUGGUCUUGCCAGAACUGAAGUCCAAAUACGGCAAUGAUAAUGAAGUCACCAAGAUCUGGAAUGCCACGAUGACCGAGCUGAAGUGCUGCGGCUUCAACAACUACACCGACUUUAAUGACUCGACCUUCAUGCAACAGUACAAAUCUUACCCGACGUUCUGCUGCAAAAAGAACCAGACAGGGGACUGCACCCUCAAUAAAGUCUCGAGCGCCAAAAUACCAGGCUGCUUCGAUUCACUCCUAUACCAACUGAAGAAAGACGCCAAAAUCGUGGGUGGAAUCGCUGCUGGCAUUUGUGCCCUGGAGCUGGCGUCCCUGGUGGUGUCCAUGUACCUGUACUGCCAGAUCGACAAAGGAGAAAGGGCCUAGAAGAGGAGGGGGGUCGGGGGGGGUCUGUCUGUACAUAGCGGGAUUGGAAUGAAACCUGAUUGAACUCGCUGUCGCUCACCAGCUGUGAUCUUUGCCCUUAGCGUUUAUUGGAAUCGAGAGGACUGAGGUCUGAUGGCUCUGCCAUGUCUCCCAGGAGGCCAAGAAGAAGCAGUGGCUCAUGAAGUACUUGGCUGGGACCAAGCACCCCACCCCACAACCACCCAUGUGCCAGCAUGUCAAUGGCCACGGCUGAGGGACACUGGCGAGAUGGCAAUCCUGGCGGAACUCCUCAUGAGAAAUGGACAAUUCUACAACUAGUGCCUUGCAACUGUCCUACUUGAAGCCUCAGGGACAUUCCCGCUCCAGUCAACAGGCCAUUGGUCACCACCACGUGCCACCUCCUUUGGAGUACAGUGCCAAUUUCUAGAAACCAGGACUGCUCUGCUUGCAUCUUUCCAUAACAACCUCAAAAUGCCCCUACUGCAGCCCUCCAGCAUUGGCGUGACCCCCAUCAACCACCAAUGGACGUGUGCAGACUUUGCUCAGCGACGUUUCUAUAACCUUCAAUGGUCACGUCAAGGUGCCCUUCUCCAUAACUGGGGAUCUGUCAGCCUCAAAGCAGACCUGGAGAUCCAAAACAAGCCCACCAAGGAAAGUCAAACAGAAUGGUCCACCUUGUGAAAAGACUGGACAGACGCAGGAAGAGGUUUCGGGGCAGAAUUGAAAAGUCGGUUCCAUAGAGCAGGCGUCAACAGACUUCAGUCCAACAAUAGAACAAACUUAACAGGCAAAGAUGGCGGUUUUAAAGCAAGGGCAGGGGAAGUGAUGUCACCGGGGCAGGAACUGGAAGGGACGUCAUCAGGUACAGGAAAUGAAAGUGGAGUCGUUGGGGCAGAAACCGGAGGUGACGUCAUCGGGCCAGUAACUGGAAGUGAUGUCAUUGGGUGCAGGACACAAAAGUGAUGUAAUCGGGUCAGGAACCAGAAGUGAUGCCUUCCAGUCCAGAUGAAAUUUCCCGUGGUUGGUCUGCCGAUGAAAAAGAAGGAGGAUUAGUGCACCCUGCCACCCCGUGGUCUGGCAUGGAAUUGUUCCUUUGUGAGCCCUUCAGCUGCCCCUCAUGUGCCCCCGUGUGUGGCAACCUCUUCCUCACAGUGCUGUCCAUCACAAGCAGGUGACCCAUCCAGCUCUAAUUCUCAUUCAUGCCCAUCAUUACCUCGAAGCUCACAUGCAGCUCCAGCUCUACCUGUGACCAUCACAAUGUUGUCACCUGCCCAUCAAGUUAAGUAGAGCAGUUCAUGGACUUGAGGGUCUCCAAUCCACAGGCGGAGGGGCUUCUUGUCCACCUCAGGGCUAUCACAUCAGUGCUUAUUGCCAUCAAGGCCCACUUAGCUCUGCCACUCCAACCCCUGCAGGUUCAGGGUUUACUUCGGCUGCUAGCCCCCAAACGGCCGGACCUCUUAAACCUUGGGGGGGGGCUCAGUGGGCGGGGGGUCCGAGGUCCCGCCGCUUCUCAGACAUCCUCCGAUUCCAAGGCUCCUCCUGUAAUUUUGGUAUUUUGAAAAUAAAACAAAACAAAAAUCAAAGCCACUAGAAUGAAUCAAGAUGGCCUGACAGUUUAAGGAGCGAGAGUGUGACGUGAGGGUCCCGCAUCGAACGCGCUCAGUGAUUUUGUUUCUGUCUCGUCUAUUUGAUUGCUGUCGUUUUAUGAAAAUGUGAAUAAUAAAAGAUGAUUAUUUUAUUGUUAACUUGCCUGAGUUUUGUACGAUAAAACAAGAAUGUAAUAAAAACGCACCUCUGCAA